AUGCGCGGCGGGGCCAGGUGCGGUGGGACGGGGGGCGUGGACCCCAGAGCUCGGAGGGACUCGAGCCCGCGGGCCCGUCACUCUGGGGCCUCCAGCACUGACGCCGACUACAAACUGGGCCCAGACUCCAAACUCCCUGCCCCUACUCUCGGGACCGAGAGAAGGCCCCGGCCUGGCCUGGGCGCACUCCUAGCCCCUUGGAUCUCACUAUCACCAACCCUGGAGACGUGCAGCCAGCCGGGCACCCCAGGCCUCUCCCUGGCCACACGCGCCCCAAGGGUCGUGCCCUCGGGGGGGGUCACCUUUACUCUCAGCCCCGCCCCUGCCCCCCAACUCCCCCAUCCCCGAGCCCGGGGCCGCGACUGUUCGGGAGCGCGCGCGGAGAAGGGAGCCGCAGACCCUGCCCAGCCCAGCCCAGCCUGGGCGAACGCGCGAGCACGCGAGCAGUUUCAGCGCUGCGCUCUGCGCUGGACUUUGCCUGCGGCCGAGGCUCGGCAGCGCCCCGCGGCUCCGCGCCCCGCAGAGGUGCAGGCCCCGAGGCGCGCCCCCGCCCCGCCGCGGCACGUGACCCCCACCAGCCACUCAGCGGCCUCGAGUCGGGGCGCCGGGGCGCGGGGACCGGCGCGGCGAGCCGGGGACUUGGACGCGCCCGGCACUGGGGCCGAUUGCGCCCGCCGCUGCCGAAGCUCGGGUCGGCCCGGGGAGCGCGCGCCGGCGCGCAGGACGUCCGAGGCCCGCAGGUACCGCCGGGAACGGGCUGCCGGGAGAGAAUGGGUGGUGGGUAGUGGGUGGUUCUCCGCACCGGCAAAGCCGGAGGUGUCCGCGUGGCUGAGUGUCCUCGGUAGAGUUUGUGUUUCGCUCACUUCGGGGCCGCCGGAAGGCCCCGCGACAGGGCCGGGGCCAGGGAAGGUGCUCGGGACUUGCCGUGUGUCCUCGCGAGUCCGCCUCACGUCCCCCCGGAAUCGCUCUCCGGACAUCGAGAGCCCGGACCGCGCUGCCCCGAGGAGCCGCGGCCCGAACCCUCCGUUUGGUUUGUGGGGUCUGCGCCAGACCAUCUCCGAACGCAGCAGCACUCCAGGUCGCGGGGGCCCCGAAGAGUGUGCGCCCAUCCGACCAAGACGGUGUUAA